AUGGCAAACGGCUCAAUCUUGUACCCAUUGCUCGUCGCUUGUCUCUUCGUCAGCUCGUCCUUUCAGUCUUUACAUCGACACGAUGGAGAUUCGGCGAUGUCAUCUUUAACACUGGACAUGGACAAAUCUUUCCAUGGAUGCGAUCAGAACGUUGAACUGAAAAAAGCUUCUUGCAGCAAUAAAGGCCUGGAGACGAUUCCCCAGAAUCUCUCUGGGGAUACCGAGGUGCUUGACUUGUCUCACAACAAUAUCACCAAACUCUUAAACUCCUCGUUUGAAACAUACCCUCUAAUCAACUCCUUGGACAUUUCUUACAACGAUAUAAGAGUGAUAGAAGUCGCCGCUUUUUACCCCCUUAGGGGUUUAAUGCACUUGGAUCUAUCCUACAACCGGCGUCUUGUGCUUCCAGCAACAGGCGCCUUUAUGAUGUCUUCACAGCUUUCCAUUCUCGAUUUAAGGUCUUCAAACUUGAAGUCGCUCCCCAAUGACACUCUAAAAUGGAGUCCAAAUCUAGAUAGUGUUUAUCUAUUAUACAACCAGCUCUCCUACAUCAAUGUAAGUUCUCGUGGCAUGGCCGACAAUGUACGCAUGGGUGGUAAUCAACUAAAACACCUUACUGCGAGAUAUUUCACCUUUGUAUGCCACACUGAUACUCUAGAUCUUAGAAAAAACCCUAUCCAAUCAGUAGACGCUGAUGUGAUCGCAUCACUACAUGUUCGAUCUUUGGUGCUAGGUCUCCACCCUCUAAGCUACGAAGUGUUGACGAACAUCAUCCUCGGAAUCUCAAAAUCAGCCAUCGAACAGCUUAAAAUCAAUGAUGGUUCUGUUGGAGAAUCGUUUCAACAUUUACAAUCCCUUGUUAAUUUAGAUAUGAGAGACUCUUUUCUUCAAAUUUCGGACCUAUGGAACAAAAAUGCAAACGCGUCUCUCUUCGAUGGAUUAUUAGAUCUUAUUCAUUUGGACUUGAGUAGUAACCGUUUCCUGAGUGAUCUACCGCCAGGAAUAUUCGGGCAACUCUCUGUUUUACAAGAGCUAAAUCUAGACUAUUGCGAAAUUAGAAAUCUACAUCCUCUUGUCUUCUCGGGAUUGGAAUCGCUUCAGAACUUGAGUUUGAAAGGCAACAACAUCCAGCAUAUUCAUGAUGAUGUAUUGUCGGGGUUGGUUCAAUUAAAAAGUAUCAACUUUGAAGGAAACCGUAUCGCGUACUUGGAGGAGCUAAUGUUCUCAGAUAAUUGGAAACUCACAAAUCUUUCAUUGGCCGACAACAGAUUAACAAGCCUUAAUCAAAGCACUCUGAAGCCGAUCUUUUCCUCCAUUUCAUCACUUGAUCUAUCAAUGAACCCAAUCGAUUGUAACUGUGAUCUAAAGUGGCUUAUUGAUUGGCUAAAUGAACCUAUACACCUGGAAAACAAGGACGAAACUAUCUGUUCGUCAGCAUCACUGGAGCCUCUUCGUGAAAACCCCCUGCUUGAUUUUGAUCCAAAUAAACUCUGUUUAAUAAAGUAUGGUCUUUACUCUCUGAUUCCUCUUGCCUUCAUUAGCUUGGUUGUACUCAGCGUGCUGUUGUGUCACUACCGAUGGCAGUUGAGGUACAAACUCUAUCUCUUGAAACUGGCCGUACUAGGAUAUAAAGAGAUGCGAGACGCUCGAGACCACAAUGACUACGAGUUUGAUGUGAACAUCAUUUUCUACGACGAUGACGAAGAAUGGAUUCGCGAACAGCUCCGACCGGCUCUCGAAGAACGGCUUCCACAGUUUCAGAGGAACGUCUUUGGUGACCAAGACCUUGUGCUCGGUAUGCAUUACUUAGAUUCCGUCGAUUACGUGGUGAGCCAUAGUUACAAGACCAUCAUAGUGCUUAGCAGAGCUGCUGUGCACGACCACUGGUUCAUACUCAAGUUCCGGACGGCCAUGGACCACGUGAGUGACACUUUGACUGAAUUCGUAGUCGUGGUCUUCCUCGAAGACAUCCCAGAUGGUGAAAUGCCAUUCUUGGCGAGGUUGUAUCUCAGUGAUGGCAGACCCUAUAUUCACUGGACUGAGGACGUGAGAGGACAAGAUUAUUUCUGGGAUGAAUUGACCAAAGAUCUGACCAUUAAUCUAAGGACGAAUGACUUGAUCCCAAACGAGUAGCAUAACAGUCAUAUAGGAACUUAGAGAUACGCGUGAUGGUAAUCAGUAAUGAAAGUGGUUGUAGUAGGAGUAGUUGUAGUAGUAGUACCAGCAGCUGCA